AUGGAGUUCCCUGCGCCCAUCCCCACAGCCAACCGCACCUCCGUGCUAGAAUUCCUGCUUCUGGGGGUCACAGAAAAGCGAGGGCUCCAGCUCCUCCUCUUCGGGGUCCUCCUGGUCACCUACACGCUGACCUUGCUGGGGAAUCUUCUCAUCAUCGCUCUCACCUUGGCGGACCGCCGCCUGCACACCCCGAUGUACUUCUUCCUGCGCCACUUCUCGCUGCUGGAGGUGGGUUUCACCUCCACCGUGUCCCCACAGAUGCUGGCACACCUGCUGGCGGCGCGCGGGGCCAUCUCCCGUCACCGUUGCUUCGCGCAGAUGAUACUCUACUUCACCCUGGGCGCAGUGGAGACCCUGCUGCUGGCAGUGAUGUCCACUGACCGCUUUCUGGCCAUCUGCUGGCCUCUGCGCUACCCAGCACUCAUGACUCCCAGCGUGUGCUCUGCCCUGGUGCUGGCCUGCUGGGCAGCCAGUCUCCUGGCCCUGCCUGGGCUGUUUGCCUGGAUGUUGUCUCUCCCUUUCUGUGGCCCACGUGUCCUCAACCACUUCUUCUGUGACAGCUCCCCUUUGCUGGAGCUGGUGUGCGCAGACACCAGGCUUCUGCAGCUGGUGGCCUUCCUGGUGGCUGUCUGCACCCUGCUCACUGCCACAUUGAUCACAACCUUAUCCUAUGGCUGCAUCAUCAGCACCAUCCUGCGCCUGCCUACACCUGGGGGUCGCAGCAAGGCCUUCUCCACCUGUUCUUCCCACAUCUUGGUGGUGUCUCUCACCUAUGGGAGCUGCAUCAUCAUGUACCUGAACCCCACGCAGACAGGGAGGCUGGACCUCAACAAAGGAAUAGCUUUCUUCAACACCACGGUGUCUCCCCUGCUGAACCCCUUCAUCUACUGCCUCAGGAACCAACUGGUUCACAGAGUGUGCAGGGAUUUGCUGCUCAGAGGAAGGGAGCUUUCUUCCAAGAUAUUCAGAGCAUAA